AGUGCAUCAGAGCACUAGAAUGGUGGACGAGAGUUGAAAGCUGUACAAUAUGGCCACUGUUCCUUAGUGCAUCCCAAUUUAUGACCCAACAACCCCUCAAAGCCGAAAGGUUCUCUCUUUCACAAAACUCGCAACAGUGACAAAUCUGCAAACCCAGAAACCUCCAACUCAGAAAUCGAGCGAUGUGCCAACCCUCGGUCAAUUUCUGGACUUAUCUGUGCCUCUCCCUCGUCGUCCUCCACACCCACCUUCCUAUCUGCGAGGGUCUCUCUGUGGUUGACCUCAAUUUGCUGGAGCACGGCCAAUUCCAUGCCAUGACGAAAAGGGUUUGCAGGAAAAGCAUUGGAGAGUGCCUCACAGAUCCCCAGAUGGGUUCUGACAGCAACAGGAGACUUCUGGCGAUGCAGAAAAGGUACAUUAGCUAUGAGACUCUCAGGAGGGACAUGGUUCCAUGUGAUAGGGCAGGAGCUUCUUACUACAGUUGUCACGCCACUCAAGCCAAUCCCCAUAAUAGAGGCUGUGAGGUCAUCACUGGAUGUGCCAGAGGUAUUAAAGGCAUCAACUCUUGAUCAAUUUCAUACUCGUUCCUUAGCCCUUAGUCCACUCAAGGUACCUUCUGCGUUUUCCCCCCUUCAAUUUUCAUCUUAUCGUUUUGUUCAAGAGGCUCCCUGUGGUUAAUACCAUGAGUUUACAUUCAGAAAGCACAUGAUUUGUAAAAUAUAAUAAAGGAUCUAACUUUUCUUCUCA